GUCUCUCACAAACCUUCGUUCUGUCUGCUCACUCUUCCUUCGUUCUCGUCAGUCGCUGUGUGCUCUCUACAGACCACUUUGCACCGGUCUUCCUCUCUUCCGUGAAUCCGGUCAUCGGUACAAACGCGGUUCCACGACCGACCCGAAAGAUCGCGACGUCAACCCCGUGAUUGUCCCGUGAGGACGUCACCUUCUCCAGCCAUGGCGAACCGAAUGUCAAUGUACUCAGUGGCAUCCGAUGCCCUGGGUGGUGCCCGCACUGGCGGUCCACAGGCUGCUCAGGUCUCGACUACCACCCUGCUUAAUGCCGUCCACAACAUCUACCUGGCUUCGCAGCCCCAUAAGCUCGAUGGCAGCACCAGCCUUGUCGUCAACACAUGGCUCACCGCGGCCCAGGCGGGCCCAACUGUAGAUGGCAGCCUCGCAGCUCAAGCUUGGGAGCAUGCCAGACGCCGUGCUGAAGACGGCUGCGUUAUCUUGGGGUCACUCCAUCAGUCUGCUCCCUCGACCCUCGUGCCCUUUAUCAACACCUUCCCUUUCUCGAUUCCUACUUCAGUCUACAAGUCUCUGGAGGCCGUUCGCCCGUUCCUCCGUUGCGUGACUCCUUAUAAUCCGUCAACUCCGAGGCAGGCUGCGCUUGGUGUGACACUGACCCUAAACCUGACUGGCAACCUCACAGGGGCUUCUCUCGCACUAUCCCAGGGCGGUAUUGAUACAGCGAAUGGACUUCUUAAUAUCCCAGCCGAAGCUGGAUACCGCGCCUUCGAUGUGUUCUAUUACCUCCUAACGUCGGCCUCCACUCCGGCUGAGCGUGAGUUUCUGGGUCUUAAGUCCGCCUCGGCUUAUGCUCUGUUGACGCGCUCGGGAACAUAUGAUCCCCCUUCAUAUCUGCCUACUGCCGACGAUGCAGCUGCUGCCGACGAUUUCCGACAGGCCUUGAAAGAGAUCGGAAUCAAGGGUUCUGCUCAUCGCAACUUUAUCUCCACCCUUGCUGGUUUGCUCAAGCUCGGCAACUCGCUUGAUUAUGCUGCCGAUUCUGAUGACCUAGAAGAGAUCUGCGAGGAUGUCAGUGGUCUGCUUGGAAUGGAACCCGACGUCCUUCUUCACAAGUGCAGCACUGAGGACCGCCGAACAUUCGUUGGCGGCCUUUAUGAGGCACUCGUUGAUUGGGUCAUUUCCAAGGCCAACACCGCUAUUGCAGCUCAGAUGCUCCGCAUCCGAGACGGCGAUGAGUCCGUUGACGGCCGGGGUGUCCGCACCCCUACCUCCAACGAGGAUAAUGGCGACACCGUCUCCAUCACCGUCAUUGAAAUCCCUAACCCUACACUGGGCAAGGCACUCGCUAUGCGUUCCAUCUUUGACGAUACUCUUGGUAUCAACGCCGAGAUGAUCCAGGACGGCGUGGACGUGUCACCUGCUGGCUCCUCCGUCAUCAGAGAAAUGCAACAGGCUGUGGCCGAGGUUGCACCCGAUCUGAACAUCAUGACUGGCCCCUCCGGUCGGGAGCGUCAGCAUGAGCUCGAGAAGAGAGAGGUUAUUCUUGAGAAGAUUGCUUAUGCGGGCGAAGAUGAUGGCUUCCUCAAGAAGUUGCUCUUCCCAGUGGAGGGUGAGGGCAUCAACCUUGGAAGAGCCGGCCGUUUUGAUCUCCCCGCCAUCCUCAGCUCGAGCCGUGCCUGGUACCACCUGUCCAUGCACCCUACCGACGACUCUCCGGCUAGUCUCGCUGCUCUUCCUGCCAUCACUUCAGCUUGGUCAGCUGGCACGGUCUCUCGACAACUCCGAUCUUGGAGACUUCCAGAGUGGGCGAAUCGACGUAACAGGAGCCUGGAUUACACUGCCGACUUUGAUGUCGAUGAGUUUGUUCAACGAUACUCGACUCUCGGUUGCAAGGACGGCAAAGAUGGAAUCGAGACCUGGAUGCUGGAGCGUGGUUGGAGCAAUGGCGAGGUCUACAUCGGCAAGGAACGCGUGUGGGUGCGCGAGAGUGCCUGGUGGGAGGCUGAGAGCAUGUUGGACAUGAAGCCUGCCCACAGCCUCCGCAGUGUGGUUGCGAACCCGUUCAACUCUGGAUUCGAUACUGGCUACUCUGCCAACGGAAGUGGCUUCUUUGCUCCACCCGCUUUGGACAACAGCUUUAACGGCAGCAACGAUCACCUAGUGCACAACCGCCAAUUCAGCCAGGGUAAUAUGAGCCAAGUUACCCUGGGUCAGAACCAGAUGCAGAACCAGAUGCCGGCCCGCACUAUCGCGCCUUCUAUCACACCGAGUGCAUUACGAAAUGCCAGCGCCGGUGACUACGGCCUCGGUCGGAAGGGUGACACCUAUAAGGGUGAGGUCUACUACAAUGAAGACGGCGAGUUCACCGGUGUUUUGGAUCCUGAGCUGGCGAAGAACAAAAAGCUCGAGACCAAGAAGGUUCCGCCUGGCCGUCGAGCUUGGGUAGCCUUUGUCUGGGCUCUCACCUUCUGGAUCCCCUCUCCAGUUCUCUCGACUGUCGGUCGUAUGCGACGACCCGAUGUCCGAAUGGCGUGGCGUGAGAAGUUCGUCUUGUGUUUCUUGAUUUUAGUGAUCAACGCCCUGAUAGUAUUCUGGAUUAUUGGCUUUGGUAAACUGCUCUGUCCCAACUCCGAUAAAGCAUGGAACGUCAAGCAGCUUGCCACUCACCAGGGUGAGAGUGAUUUCUGGGUUGGCAUCCACGGCAAAGUCUAUGACAUCUCAGACUUCUGGCGACGUCAGCACAGUGAUACUGAUAUCGAAGUCACCACCGAUAACAUGCAGCCUCUGGCCGGACUCGUGAUGGACGAGUACUUCGUUCCUCCCCUGCAUAUGGCUUGCAAGGGAUUGGGCAUUAAGGAAACUACGCGCCUGACCGCUAAUAACACUCCCGAGUACACCACGGCUCUUCACACCUCUGGCUACUAUGCCACUGACCGGACUAGCGCCCUCCACCAGGACGAUUGGUACUGGACCAACUUCGAGCCUACCAUCAAGGAGUACUACCAUGGCGACCUUGUGUACAAGGAAUCCAAGGUCAAGAACGAGGGCAAGAACGAUCAGCAUUACUGGGCGAUGUAUGGGAACCAGAUCUAUGAUCUUACGGACUACUUCUACACGUUGGAUUUGAUGGAUAGCAUCAGCCAAUACUCGUUCCUCAACAGUGACGUGUCAGAUCUCUGGAAAAACAACCCUGGUGAGAACAUCAAGAAGUCUCUUGACCUUCUCAUCGAGGAUUCAGUUGGCAACAAGACAAAGCACGCCAACAUCCUAAACAGCUGGUAUUGCAUCCAGCGAAUCAGCUACGCGGGCAUCACCGACUUCCGAGACAGCGCCAAGUGCCAGGUCAACAACUGGAUCCUUCUGGCCUUUACCAUUAUCAUCUGUUCCGUCAUCGCCAUCAAGUUCUUGGCCGCCCUUCAGUUCGGCUCCAAGCGCCGUCCUUCUCCUCAGGACAAGUUUGUCAUCUGCCAGGUCCCCGCCUACACCGAAGGCGAGGAUUCGCUUCGAAAAGCUCUUGAUUCCCUGACAGCACUUCAGUAUGACAACAAACGCAAACUCAUCUGUGUGAUUUGUGAUGGUGUGAUUGUCGGUGCGGGUAACGAUCGCCCAACACCCAAAAUUGUUCUCGACAUCCUCGGAGUUGAUCCCAAGGUUGACCCGCCAGCUCUUCCAUUCAAGUCUGUGGGCACUGGCAGCGAACAGCUGAACUACGGCAAGGUCUACUCCGGUCUCUACGAGUUUGAGGGCAAUGUUGUCCCAUACGUCGUCGUCGUCAAGGUUGGUAAGGAGUCCGAGCAGUCCAAGUCGAAGCCGGGCAACCGUGGAAAGCGUGACUCUCAGAUUCUCCUAAUGAGCUUCCUCAACCGCGUUCAUCACCGUUCUCCCAUGAGCCCAUUGGAGCUCGAGAUGUUCCAUCAGAUCAACAACAUCAUUGGUGUGGAUCCCGAGCUCUAUGAAUACAUCCUCAUGGUUGAUGCCGAUACCUGCGUCAUGGAGGACUCCUUGAAUCGACUGGUUGCCGCUUGUACCAACAAUGCCAAGAUCGCUGGUAUUUGUGGUGAGACAACUCUAGAGAACGACGAGAAGACCUGGUGGACUAUGAUCCAAGUUUACGAGUAUUUCAUCUCUCAUAACCUGGCCAAGGCUUUCGAGUCUCUCUUCGGCAGUGUCACAUGUUUGCCCGGAUGUUUCACCAUGUAUCGACUCAGAACCAUGGACAAAGGCAAACCCCUCCUCAUUUCGGACGCUGUUAUCAGGGACUAUGCCGUUUGCGAUGUGGACACUCUUCAUAAGAAGAACCUGCUUGCUCUUGGUGAAGAUCGUUAUCUGACUACCCUCAUGACGAAGCACUUCCCGAGCAUGUCAUACAAGUUCAUCCCCGAUGCCCUGUGUAAGACGGCUGCCCCCGAGUCUUGGAGCGUUCUAUUGUCCCAGCGUCGUCGAUGGAUCAACUCGACCAUUCACAACCUCGUCGAACUGAUGCGCCUCAAAGAGAUGUGUGGUUUCUGUUGUUUCAGUAUGCGCUUCGUUGUCCUGAUUGAUCUCUGCGGUACCAUCAUUCUCCCGGCCACCUGCGCGUAUCUGGGCUAUCUGAUCUACCGAAUUGCAACGAGAUCAGGCCAGUUCCCCAUGAUUUCCAUUAUCAUGAUUGCCGCGGUCUACGGUCUACAGGCCAUCAUCUUCAUUCUCAAGAGGCAGUGGCAACACAUCGGAUGGAUGAUCAUCUACAUUCUUGCCUACCCGAUCUACUCGUUUAUCCUUCCUGUUUACUCCUUCUGGAACCAGGACAAUUUCUCGUGGGGUAACACCCGUAUUGUCAUUGGUGAGAAGGGUGACAAGCAGAUUGUUGCUGUGGAUGAAGAAGAAUUUGACCCUCGUUCCAUUCCCCUCCAGCGAUGGGACGACUACGCUCAGUCCAACAACCUUCCUGGUCGCCGUGGCGGAUACCAGCAGGAGAAGAACGACUACUCUUUCGGUGACCAGUACGAGAUGGACGACAUGAAGUCAGUCUACUCAGCUGGACCCCAGGGAUCUGUCCUAACUGGCAUGCCUGGUCGCGGCACCUACUUGCCUCCUCACUCUCCAGGUAUGGCCCGUGGUGGAUCUGCCAUGGGUGCCUACCAAGACUCUCCCAUGAACCGCCAGUCGAUGAUGUCGAUGGGCACCGGUAUCCAUGACAUCAACCGCAGCCAAUCCCCAUACAAUGACUACCCUGGUCAACGGCCUAGCAUCAACAACCUGCGUGGCCAGGCCAGCCUAUCUCCUGCGAUGGGCGGUGCCAGCAGAUCGGGCACUGCGUUGGGCUUCAAUAACAAUGGCACCCGGUCUCCCAUGCCCGAUGCCAUGCAUUCAACUUCGUCGUUCGACUUCCAGCAGUCUCAGGGCGGGCCCACCGACAUGUCCAUCGUCGAGUCGAUCCGCUCCGUCUUGGCCGAAGUCGAUCUAGACACGGUCACGAAGAAGCAGGUCCGCGCCCUUGUGGAGCAGCGCCUGCAGACGGAGCUGGUCGGCGAGCGCCGUACCUUUAUGGAUCGCCAGAUCGAUCACGAGCUCGAGAAUAUGUAAUGCGGUGGAGAGCAAGAUGUAGAACCGUGGGGAGAAGGAGACAUGUUUUCUUCUGAUCUCAGUACAUACCUUUUUUGGGUUUAUACACAACCACCCACGCACCCGGGCAUUCGUUCCCCCGCGACGGCACGGGUGGUGAAGCGAC